CCUCGAGCAUAAAACCACCUUCAUAAUACAGCGGGUCAUUUCACCCGGUUCCUCCAGGACUUUCAGCCGCUCUAUCGCGCUUUAUGUCACUUUUUUGGGGGGUCGAGCAUCAGCAGCCGCUCCGGUGAUCCGCUCUGCUCAGCACAUUCACUAAGGAGAUUUAUCACACGCCACCUGAAGAGAUGAGCAGCAGCAAGAAGAUGGAGGACGAGGCGGUGCUGGACCGGGGGGCGUCCUUGCUCAAGCACGUCUGCGACGAGGAGGAGGCGGAGGGCCACCACACCGUCUACAUCGGCGUGCACGUGCCCAAGAGCUACCGGCGGCGGCGGCGCCACCGUCGGAAAGCCGGCCACAAGGACAGGAAGGAGAGGUUGACGGAGAACACGUCCGACAAGUCGGACGCGGAAAACAACGACGAGGCCAGCAACAGCAUCCUCAAACCCCUUAUCUCUCCGGCGGCCGAGAGGAUCCGCUACAUCCUGGGCGAGGAGGACGACGGCCCGGCGCCGCCUCAACUCUUCACCGAGUUGGACGAGCUGCUGUCGGUCGACGGACAGGAGAUGGAGUGGAAGGAGACGGCCAGGUGGAUCAAGUUUGAGGAGAAGGUGGAGAAAGGAGGCGAACGCUGGAGUAAACCCCACGUGGCCACGCUGUCCUUGCACAGCCUGUUUGAGCUGCGCACGUGCAUCGAGAAAGGCACCAUCAUGCUGGACCUGGAGGCGUCCACGCUCCCUCAGGUCGUCGAGAUGAUCACCGACAACCAGAUAGAGAUCGGCCAGCUGAAACCGGAGCUGAAGGACAAAGUGAUGUACACGUUGCUACGGCGACAUCGGCACCAGACCAAGAAGUCCAACCUGCGCUCUCUGGCCGACAUCGGCAAGACGGUCUCCAGUGCAAAUAGUCCCACCACAGCUCACCGGAACCUGACCUCCAGCAGCCUCAACGACAUUUCUGACAAACCGGAAAAAGACCAGCUGAGGAACAAGUUCAUGAAGAAGUUGCCGAGAGACGCCGAGGCCUCCAACGUGCUGGUGGGGGAGGUGGACUUCCUGGACUCGCCGUUCGUGGCGUUCGUUCGUCUGCAGCAAGCUGUGAUGCUGGGAGCCCUGACGGAGGUCCCCGUUCCCACGAGAUUCCUGUUCAUCUUGCUCGGACCCAAAGGCAAAGCCAAGUCGUACCACGAGAUCGGCCGAGCGAUCGCCACGCUGAUGUCGGACGAGGUGUUUCACGACAUCGCCUACAAGGCCAAAGACAGACAGGACCUGCUGGCCGGCAUCGACGAGUUCCUGGACGAGGUGAUCGUGCUUCCUCCUGGGGAGUGGGACCCGGCCAUCAGGAUAGAGCCCCCGAAAUCCCUCCCUUCCUCCGACAAAAGGAAAAACAUGUAUGCAGGAGGGGACUCUCAGAUGAACGGAGAUAUGCCUCACGAUGGAGGUCACGGAGGAGGGGGACAUGCUGCCGGGGACGAGCUGCAGAAGACCGGAAGGUUUUGUGGGGGUUUCCUCCUCGACAUCAAAAGAAAAGCGCCUUUCUUCGUCAGCGACUUCACCGAUGCAUUUCACAUUCAGGCCUUGUCCGCCAUUUUGUUUAUUUACCUGGGAACCGUGACAAACGCCAUCACCUUCGGCGGUCUGCUGGGGGACGCCACGGAGAACAUGCAGGGGGUGCUGGAGAGUUUCAUGGGCACGGCGAUCACCGGCGGGGCUUUCUGUCUGCUGGGCGGCCAGCCGCUCAUCAUCCUCAGCAGCACCGGUCCGGUUCUGGUGUUUGAACGGCUGCUCUUCAACUUCAGCAGAGACAACGAACUCGACUACCUGGAGUUCCGCCUGUGGAUCGGCCUGUGGUCGGCGUUCUUCUGCCUGGUGCUCGUGGCCACCGACGCCAGCUACCUGGUGCAGUACUUCACCCGGUUCACCGAGGAGGGCUUCUCCUGCCUCAUCAGCUUCAUCUUCAUCUACGACGCCUUCAAGAAGAUGCUCAAAUUGGCGCACCACUACCCCAUCAACGCGGAGUUCACGAUGGAGGACGUCACGCAGUACGACUGCCUCUGCAUGGCCCCCGCCGUCCUCGAGAACAGUUCAGACGUCGUCGGCGAUCCUUUGGACGGUACUUCGGUCUGGAUCUGGAACGCCACCGAUCUGCCCAUGAACGCCACGUGGUCGUCGCUCACCAAGACGGAGUGCUUGACCUACAAGGGCGAGCUGGUGGGCAAGGCCUGCGAGUUCGUCCCGGACAUCGCCCUCAUGUCCUUCAUCCUGUUCUUCGGCACGUACACCUGCUCCAUGUGUCUGAAGAAGUUCAAGACCAGCCAGUUCUUCCCCACCACGGUGAGGAAACUCGUCAGCGACUUUGCCAUCAUCCUGGCCAUCCUCAUCUUCUGCGGGGUCGACAUGCUCGUCGGAGUCGACACCCCCAAACUCAUCGUGCCGACCGAAUUCAAGCCGACGAGUCCUAAGCGGGGCUGGUUCGUGCCCCCGUUCGGAGGGAACCCCUGGUGGGUCUACCUGGCGUCGGCUCUCCCCGCCCUGCUGGUCACCAUCCUGGUCUUCAUGGACCAACAGAUUACGGCCGUGAUCGUCAACAGGAAGGAGCACAUGCUGAAGAAAGGGGCGGGUUACCAUCUGGAUCUGUUCUGGGUGGCCGUCCUGCUCAUCAUCUGCUCCUUCUUGGGUCUGCCGUGGUACGUCGCCGCCACCGUCAUCUCCAUCGCGCACAUCGACAGCCUGAAGAUGGAAACCGAGACGUCGGCUCCCGGAGAGCAGCCGAAGUUCCUCGGCGUGAGAGAGCAGAGGGUCACCGGUGUCAUCGUGUUCAUCCUGACAGGACUGUCUGUAUUCAUGUCUCCUAUCCUAAAGUUCAUCCCGAUGCCCGUGCUGUAUGGAGUCUUCCUGUACAUGGGAGUCGCCUCUCUCAAUGGAGUGCAGUUCAUGGAUCGUCUCAAGCUGCUCCUGAUGCCGGCGAAGCAUCAGCCCGACCUGGUUUACCUGCGGCACGUUCCCCUCAGGAAGGUCCACCUGUUCACCUUCAUCCAGAUCCUCUGCCUGGCCCUGCUCUGGGUCCUCAAGUCCACCGUGGCCGCCAUCGUGUUCCCCAUCAUGAUCCUCGCUCUGGUGGCCGUCAGGAAGGCGAUGGACUACAUGUUCUCGCAGCACGAGCUCGGCUUCCUGGACGACGUCAUCCCGGAGAAGGACAAGAAGAAGAAGGAGGACGAGAAGCACAAGAAGAAAAAGAGGGGCAGCGAAGACAGCGACGCUGAAGACUCUGACUAUCCUUACAAUGAGAAAGUGCCCAGCAUUAAAAUCCCCAUGGACAUGAUGGAGCAGGAGCCUUUCUUAGGUGAUAAGGCCUCCGACAGAGAGAAGUCCCCGUCAUUCCUUGAACGACACACAUCGUGCUGAGCAGCUUCGCUACUACCAGGACACCUGCUUGUCCAGCCCCGAGACGACUCCUCUGAAGUCCGUUCCUCAGAUCAGAAUACACAUGGACCCCGACGACGACGACGACGACGACAACGACAACGACAACGACUCCUUCUACUGGAAGAGCCGCGGGUCCGAAACGUCUCUGUAGAGCAACGGACCGCAAGACGGCUUUUACUUUUUUUUUAUUGAACAAAAUAUUAUUUUUAACUCCAAAAGCCCCCCCCCCCUCCCAAAAAAAAGACUUUGUUCUGAAUGUCACAAAGAAACGCACUGAGAACAAAAAACACGACGAUGACACAAGAAAACUUUCUUUUUCCUAACAGUUAAAACCAUUUCUCACAAUCACAGCUCCACGGUAGUGAUCAUUGUAACUCCUCCCACAUUCACAGGUAAACGCUGCAGCUCUCUGACCUCGCAUGAACUCCUCCCUGCUCUUAAAAAUAUAUAUAUAUAUAUACAUAAACAAAUACCAUCUGUGGGAAAUUUUUAUAUAAAGUGAUUUACUCUAAUAACAUUUUCCUGUAGCAGGAAAAAAAUGAUGUUUUUAAUUAUUUUUUUUAAUAGCUCUACCUCUUGUAUUAAUUAGAUUAAAGGCUUCUUAUGAACAAACGCAACAUGUUGAUUUUUGACGCAGCAUGGAGGGGGGGGGGGGGGGGGGGGUUGAUAUUUUCUCUCUUGUCGAGUCAGAAUGAUUCACAGGUUUCAUAGCAAAUAGGUUAUUUUAAGUUAAUUAACGGUUUAAUUAACAACAGCAUAUGUGUAAUGUGCAGAUGAGGUAAAUAUUUUUAUUAUCACUUUUUUUGAUGGAUUUUUUUUUGUUUUUUUUGUUGAUCGCUUCACUUUCUAAUUUCCUGAAUUCUUUCUUUCACGUUUGUUCACUUCAAAGCUUUUGUUACUCUUUUAAAUUAAAUCAUUUUAUCUUUUUUUGUGUUUAUGUUGGUAACUUUUUAUUAUUAUGUCCUGUUUUUUUUCUUUCUCUUUGCUGGGAGAAAACAGUUGAACGACAUAUAAUGACCGGAUUUUCCUCAGCCAAACGUAGACUAGGAAUGCAUAUAAUUUAAUAAUAUUAAUAUCAUUAUUAAUAUUUAUAAUGUAAUUGUGCUGACCAAACUACUUAACCUAAGUGGCUUAUAAGAGGCGACAACCUCCGGUUCUGCAGAGUGAAGCCGAUGAGAACGUUUCUUAAAAGCUGCAUUCUCUCUACUGACCACCAGGGGGCGACUCCUCUGGUUGUAUAGAAGUCUAUGCUUCAUGUGUUAAAGCUGCAUUCUCUCUACUGACCACCAGGAGGCGACUCCUCUGGUUGUAUAGAAGUCUAUGCUUCAUGUGUUAAAGCUGCAUUCUCUCUACUGACCACCAGGGGGCGACUCCUCUGGUUGUAUAGAAGUCUAUGCUUCAUGUGUUAAAGCUGCAUUCUCUCUCCUGACCACCAGGGGGCGACUCCUCUGGUUGUAUAGAAGUCUAUGCUUCAUGUGUUAAAGCUCCAUUCUCUCUACUGACCACCAGGGGGCGACUCCUCAUCUUCUUCAUCAUCACAGGCCGUCCUCUCCGUCGUCAUCAUCACCAGCGUGAUAAAAAUCGUGUGCAUAAAAAGGCUCGUGGGCUCAAACCAAAAACGAUAAACGAUGUUCACGGGGGUUCAUUUUUAAAAAAAAAAAUUUUAGGGGUACGGAAUAAAUGCCGAUAACGUUUUUGUUUUUUGAUUAACUUUUUAGAAAACCCAGGGGUUGAAAAAUGGUUUAUUUUAGAAUUUAUAUUUUUCAAAAUGACGUGUGUGUUGGAAAAUAAAUAAAAAUUCUCAAACAGUG